CCCUUUGGGCGGGUGUUGUGCUGGCUCUGUCAGCCGAGCAUGGCCCUGGCUGCAGGACAACCCCGCUGGCGCCGCCGUCCUGCCGGGGCCGGAGUUGGGGGGAUGUCCUUGGCCUUCCCUGUGGGCCGGAGGCAAAUCCCCUCCCUGUCCUUCUUGCUUCCUGCCCCAGGCCCCGAGCUGAGGACGGAGAGCCCGGAGGACAAAUCCCCCCGGCAGAGCCUGGUGGGAGAGGCCGUUUUGAAGGGCUCCCCGGCGCAGGAAGGCAGCGGGGAGGAAAAGGCCCAGAGAUCCUCCUGGAGGAGGGGCUCCAAAGCCAGCCCAGGGUGCUCUGAGGAGGAAAGGGAAGGCGGCCGGAACCUGAGGCAGAGCUCCAACCUGGUGGUCCCUGAGCAGCCUCCCAGCAGGGAGAAGCCAUUCAGAUGCUUGGAAUGUGGGAAGAGCUUCAGGACAAGCACCAUGCUCCUCAGCCACCAGCACAUCCACACUGGGGAACGGCCCUACACAUGUAGGGAAUGUGGGAAGAGCUUCAGGCAGAGCUCCCACCUGCGCACCCACCUCCGCACCCACCAGCACAUCCACACUGAGGAACGGCCCUACACGUGUGGGGAAUGUGGGAUGAGCUUCAGGGAAAGCUCCACCCUCCUCACCCAUCAGCGCAUCCACACCGGGGAACUGCCCUACAUGUGUAGGGAAUGUGGGAAGAGGUUCAGGAACAACUCCAACCUGAUCCAACACCAGCGCAUCCACACUGGUGAACGGCCCUACUCAUGUGGGGAAUGUGGGAAGAGCUUCAGGCAGAUCUCCCACCUUCUCAAGCACCAGCACAUCCACACUGGGGAACGGCCCUACAAGUGCUUGGAGUGUGGGAAGACGUUUCAGACCAGCUCAGAUCUUCUCCUGCACCACCGGACACACACAGAUGAGAGACCCUUCCGCUGCACCGAAUGCGGGAAGGGCUUCAGCCAGAACUCCCACCUUGUCAGGCACCGACGCAUCCACACCGGGGAGAGGCCCUAUAAGUGUGGGGAGUGUGGGAAGAGCUUCACCCAGAGCGGUAACUUGACCACACAUCAAUGGACCCACCGGUAAGGGAAGCCCUCGAGUGCCCUGACUGUGGGAAGAGCUUUGGCCGCUGCUUCCACCCCCAAUGAACCCCCUGAUGGGGAGGCAACCCCUGGAGUCCAGUGACUGUCAGUCCAUCCCUUUCGACCAGAAAGGGCCAGUCCCCUUUCCCAGGGGCAGGUUCUUCCAACAGGACCCUUCCUGGGGAGGUGUGUGGAGAUUCCUGCCUUGGCUGGGGACCCCCCAUGGUCACUCCUGGAGGUUGAGAGCAGAGAUCUCCCCACGAGCGUUGGUCUGGGGGAGUUCCAUCCAUCUUUAAUUAAGAAUUAUUGCUUUUCUGCCAGCUUUAGUAGAAUUGCUUCAACAAUUGCUUUAGUGUAGAGCACUGUCCUAUCUUAUCCUGUACUCCUGGUAGUUUUAGUGUGUAUAUUGUGCAUAAUUCUGCUGAAGACCUUUUGUCUGAUCAUUUGCAACCCUAAAUAACUCAUUUCUAUCAACAGA